UUGAGAAAAUGAUCAGAGCUGAAAUUAAACUGGAAGAGUUUGCUAACAGAAUGGACUUGAAUGAUGCAACGUUGGGUGAUAUAAGAACUGAUUUUCGAAAUGAGAUUCAAUCGACGAAAGAGGAUAUCUCGAUGAAUUUGAAUGACUUUAUUGAGAAAUAUGUUGCAAAUACAACAGACGGCGGGUGGUCGGAUUGGACUUUCUGGAAUACGUGUCCAGUUACGUGUGGCAUUUCCAUGGUAACGAGAUCGAGAUCAUGUGACAACCCGACUCCUAGAAUGUUCGGUCGACAGUGCGUGGGAAACCACCAGGAAUGGAAAACUUGUGAAGUUCAAAAAUGUCCAGGUCAGACUGAGAAGAUAGCGUUUUAUGCUACGAUUACGGCACACAUAUAUCCAACGAAAGCUAACACCCCUUUGAAGUUUACCCAUGUGGUAACCAACGUCGGCGGUGGGUACGAUCCCUCAACAGGAUACUUUACAGCCCCAACCGACGGCAUUUUUGUAUUUUCCCUGACUGUCAGACAACACGGACAUUCAAUGCAUGGAUAUGACGGACAUGUUAGCAUCAAGAAAGGAGAUACCGUUGUAAUGAAAGUCUAUCUCGAUAUGCAUAGUAAGGAUAAUGUGUACGACACUGCUUCAGGAACAACCGUGCUGGAAUUAAGAAAGGAGGACACCGUAUAUGUAGUUGCAGAUGAUAGUGGUAAAGCAAUUAUAGGCAUUGAAGAGUUUAGUUCAUAUUUCUCUGGGUAUCGGAUUUGGUAAAAAAACGUAUGGCAGAAAGCUCAACGAACUUUUCAUGAAACGAAUUGAUGUUACUAAGACAAUUAUGAUGAUAUGAGAUUAUUUGAAGGCAAUAAGCAAACACAGACGAUCUUUUUUUCCAUCGAAAAGGUAAUAGAAAAAGGAAAAGGAACACAAAAAACUAUGAUAGUUUAAAUCAAUGACAAACAUGCCAUUAAGUUAUCGCUUUGACCAAAAGGGUCAGCAUACAAAAAACAAAUAAAUAUGGCUUUACUCAGUUUACAAGUAAUCAACGUUUCAAUUGUUUAAACAAUGUUUAACAAUGGGUGUAUACGUUUUAAAUGAACAUAUAAAGUCAACAUCCAAAACAUGAACUUUAUUCUUAUAAAACACUAAACUGGAUG